ACAUCUCCACAUACACACGGAAGACUCAGUCCGACAACCGCAAACAUGAUUAUCUACAAAGACUUGAUCACCGACGACGAGCUCAUCUCCGACUCGUACGACCUCAAGGAGAUCGACGGAAUCGUGUACGAGGCCGACUGCAAGAAGAUCACCAUUGGUGACGACAACAUCGACAUUGGCGCCAACCCUUCCGCCGAGGAAGCCGACGAGGGCACCGAGAGCAAUGCUCAAACCGUUCUCGAUGUCGUCCACUCUUUCCGCCUGAACGAGACCCAAUUCGACAAGAAGCAAUAUCUCAGCCAUCUCAAGACCUACAUGAAGAAGGUGAAGGAGGCCAUGAAGGCCAACGGCGCCAGCGACGAGACCGUGGCCGAGUUCGAGAAGGGUGCUUCCGGAUUCGCAAAGAAGGUCAUUGGCAACUUCAAGGAUUACGAGUUCCUCAUCGGCGAGAACAUGGACCCCGACGGCAUGGUUGUCCUGCUCAACUACCGCGAGGAUGGUGUGACCCCAUACGUUACUGUCUGGAAGCACGGUCUCAAGGAGAUGAAGGUUUAAGCGAACACACGAUACACCACGCGAGGAGUUUGGGGAGAAAAGCGGCCAACAUUACCAUGGUGUUGAGCAAUUUACGUCUAGAGCCGAGAGGACCAAGACCAAGAUCAUACUAUACCAUGAAUU